AUGGCUAGCCAGCACACCAGAACAAGGACUACAACAUCCGAAUUGAGACGAUUCGCUGGGCCACCGAGGUUCAGCUCGUUGUUGGCGAAUGCUACUUCCAUGACCGAAGUACCCCGAGGCACUGCAAAAGAUCAAUGUCCAGUUUGUAGCGAACGUUGGAAGCUUGUAGAACUUGAAAAAGGAUCCGCCGAAGGAGGAAUCGAAGAGAGAGGAGGAGCUAUUCGUCAUUUCUGCCAGCGGGCCACUGAGGCUACGGAGGUCGAGAUUGAUGGGAAUGACGAGCUGGCGAACCAUUGCUACAUUUAUACAUCAGUAUCUUCCUUGCCAUAUAUCAUUGGUACCUACAGCAGCAUGGUCCAAGUCCUGCCUGUCCACGCACCUGUUCAACCUCUUCUCACCAUCCAUGAUCCAGUUGUUGUCCUUGCAGAGCUUCUCUCGCAUGCUCGCGCAAUGAGGAUCACUGUAUUUGCUCGGCAACCUUCCCCUGCAGAAUUGAAUCCUCAUCAGAAGGUGUGA